CAUCAUCAUCCGCCGCCGCUGCAGCAGCAGCAGCAUCCCGUCUUCACCGUCUCGCCAGACGUUCUCUCCGCGAGGAGUGAUGUCGACGACGACAACGACAACGACCGAACUCCAACGCAGCAGGACGCCGCCGAAACUGCGGGUUUUUGA